CAUGGAAAUCAAUCAUAUCUGAUACAACAACUCUUGUAUCUAUCGGUUUCAUUUCCUUCCAUUUGAUACAUUGCAUUAUUUAAUAAAUACAAAAUCCAAAGUUAGUUUUCAACUUUGCAUGAAAUAAAAUCUAUCCGUUUUUUCACAAGAUCCGCGUCACCCGCAGAAACGUUAUCUUAUAAUCUCUCCCACCAUGGUAACUAUACAUAUUUUUUGGAAUUAUUCCUUGCACCAAACACCAUAAAAAAACAGAAAACCCAACUUGCUUAAAGCACCAGCUUCGUAAGCAUAGAGAGAAAGAGAGAGUGGAAAGAAAUGGGGCAUGGUGGAAACUUGCAUAAUGGAACGGAGGAAGAAGAAGGAGGAGGAGAGAAUAAUAAUAAGAAUGAUAGCAUUCAAGAGAAGCAGGGUUCUCUGCUCUAUGUUUCAAUCAAGAUGGAGAACACAACAAGCAGCAAUAACACUGGUCUCAACAAUGGUGACCUAUUCCCUCAUGUCUAUGGCUCCUUCCCACUUGUCUCUUCAUGGGAUCCUUCCAAAGCUCUUUCUUUGGAACGAGAAUCGGCGUCAAUGUGGGAGUUGAGCUUUGUUGUUCCACCUAAUCAUGAAGCCUUUGAUUUUAAAUUCCUCCUUAAACCCAAGCACAUCGAUACACCUUGCUUUGUUGAGGAGGGUCCAAGUCGCCUACUCAUUGGGGCAGAAUUGCAGGAGGAAAACAGACUUGCUUUGUUUAGGCUUGAUAAUGGCAAAGUUCUAGAGUAUCGAGUUCUUGUUGAAUCAAGCAGGGUUUCCCCAUAUGACCUUGCAGCUAGUUGGAGGGCUUAUCAGGGCCAAUUUCGUCGUUCAGCUGUACGCGGGAUACCUGAUGUCAGCAUAGAUUCUGGACUUCAGACAGGUGGUGAGAGUGCUACUUCUCCGAGUUUGGAGCUUGACCUCGAGCAUUACGUUGUACCAGCUCCCUCGAAUUCUGUGGAUCCAGAUGUAGUGUAUGCUGCUAACCUAACAGAGGAUCCUAGGUCACUCAGUAGUGAACCUUGCGGUGGGUUGCAUUCAUUGGGUGGUGGAAAUCCUCCUACUGAUCAACAUGAAACUGAGACGGAGUUUAGCAUCCAAGAUUUAUCUAAGUUGUAUAAAAGUCCUGGGAUGGUUCUAUCUAAAUCAAUGGGAACACUUUCAUCUAUGCAUAAAGAAGAUGGCAAGAGGGGAGGUCUUGUUGAUAGAGGUGUUGGUUCUCCAAGACGAAGACUCAUAAAAUCUUCUAGUUCAAGCAGUUUCACUACUGGUAUUGGUUUGGAUACUGACGCCAAGAAUUCAAUUCCAGCUGCUGCUGGAGCAGUUGCAGCUGCUGCCGUUGCCGAUCAGAUGCUGGGUCCUAAAGAGGAUAGACAUCUGGCAAUUGUCAUGGUGAGUCUACCGGCUCGAGGUAAAACUUACACUGCAGGUAAACUUACAAGAUAUCUUCGUUGGUUAGGUCAUGAGACCAAACACUUCAAUGUUGGCAAGUAUCGUCGCCUUAAGCAUGGAGCAAAUCAGUCUGCUGAUUUCUUUCGAGCUGACAAUCCACAAGGCAUGGAGGCACGGAAUGAGGUAGCAAAGCUGGCAUUUGAAGAUAUGAUAUCUUGGUUUGAAGACGGUGGUCAGGUUGGGAUAUUUGAUGCCACAAACAGUAACAAGGAACGUAGAAAAAUGCUGAUGAAAUUGGCUGAAGGAAGAUGCAAGAUUAUCUUCUUGGAGACGAUAUGCAAUGAUGUAGACAUAAUUGAAAGGAAUAUACGUCUUAAAAUUCAGCAAAGUCCUGACUAUGCAGAAGUGUCAGAUUUUGAGGCUGGACUGCGAGACUUUAAAAAUCGUGUAGCCAAUUAUGAGAAGGUUUAUGAGACGGUGGAAGAAGGAUCUUACAUAAAAAUGAUUGACAUGGCCAGUGGGCGUGGUGGGCAGAUACAAGUGAAUAAUAUUGGUGGCUACCUUCCAGGUCGAAUUGUCUUUUUCUUGGUAAAUACACAUCUUACAUCACGCCCAAUUUUACUUACUCGGCAUGGAGAAAGUGAGGAUAAUGUGAGAGGAAGAAUUGGAGGAGAUCCUGCAUUAAGUAAGACUGGAGAACUUUAUAAACAGAAGCUUGCAAAAUUUAUAGAAAAGCGUCUCAAAGCGGAAAGAGCUGCAUCGAUAUGGACUAGUACGCUGCAGCGCACAAUUCUGACAGCAGCUCCAAUCAUUGGACUUCCAAAGAUACAAUGGCGAGCACUCGACGAGAUAGAUGCCGGCGUGUGUGAUGGUAUGACAUAUGAAGAAAUCAAGAAGAACAUGCCACAGGAGUAUGAAGCACGUAAAAAGGACAAGCUUAGGUACCGGUAUCCUCGUGGGGAGUCCUACUUAGAUGUCAUUCAGAGGUUAGAGCCCGUAAUUAUCGAGCUUGAGCGACAACGAGCGCCUGUUGUUGUUGUAUCUCACCAGGCAGUAUUGAGGGCAUUAUAUGCUUAUUUUACAGAUAGACCAUUGAAAGAAAUUCCACAUAUUGAGAUGCCGUUACAUACCAUAAUAGAGAUUAACUUGGGAGCUACAGGUGUUCAAGAGAAAAGAUACAAACUAAUGGAUUGAAGAGAAGGAAUGAAAGAAGUUGAAGAUAGAUUCAUCAUUGUUUGGAUUUCUUUUACCCUUUCAUUAAUAGGAUGAGAAAAGAAAUGUUGAAUACAAUGUAAAUGUAGUUCUCUCAACCCCCCUUUAUUCAUUUUUAUGAACAUUAUUAAAUGAAAAAGAAUACAUACAAUAUAUAUGGUUGGAUCA